CUCCCCCCCUCUGCGGGCCUGCGCGCGCCGCUCUUCCUCCUGCGCGCGCCGCCGCUGCCUCGACUCCCGCACUCCCGCCGGAGCGUCCGGCUCGCGCCUCGCCUUUCCCCGCCGGCCGCGGAGCGGGCGGGAUCCUGCGCCGCGCUCGCCGAGGCAGCGGAGGCAGCGGCGGCCUCGGCGCGCUCGGCCGGGCCGCACCCCUUCCCGCCGACACGCGGGGGGAGCCGCCAGUGCCUCGAAGACCCCGCGGGGCUGAGGCGCCGGCGCGCCCGGCAGCGUGAGCGCGGAGCCGGCCGAGCCCCUCCAGCCGCCCCAGCCCCAGCCUAGCGGGCGGGCCACGGAGGCCGCGGCCAUGGCCGAGACGGAGGAGCGCAGCCUGGACGACUUCUUCGCCAAGAGGGACAAGAAGAAGAAGAAGGAGCGGAGCAGCCGGGCGGCGGGCGCGGCGGGCGGGAGCGGCGGCGUGGCGGGCGCGGCGGGCGGCGCCGCCGGCGGCGGGGGAGCGGCGGGGGCCCGGCCGGGCGACGGCGGCACCGCGGGGGCCGCGGGCCCCGGCGCCGCCACCAAGGCCGCCACGAAGGAUGAAGAUGAGUGGAAAGAAUUUGAGCAGAAAGAGGUGGAUUACAGCGGCCUCAGGGUUCAGGCGAUGCAAAUAAGUGAAAAGGAAGAAGAAGAUAAUGAAAAAAGAGAAGAUCCAAGUGACAAUUGGGAAGAAGGAGGAGGAGGUGGUGGUGGUACAGAAAAAUCUUCAGGUCCCUGGAAUAAAACAGCUCCGGUACAAGCACCUCCUGCUCCAGUAGUUGUUACAGAGACCCCGGAACCGGCAAUGACUAGUGGUGUGUAUAGGCCUCCUGGGGCCAGGUUAACUACAACAAGGAAAACACCACAAGGACCACCAGAAAUAUACAGCGACACACAGUUUCCAUCCCUGCAGUCCACUGCCAAGCAUGUAGAAAGCCGGAAGGAUAAAGAAAUGGAGAAGAGCUUUGAAGUAGUAAGAUACAAAAAUAGAGGUAGGGAUGAGGUUUCAAAAAACCAGGCCCUUAAACUUCAGCUAGACAACCAGUAUGCUGUGCUUGAAAAUCAGAAAAGCAGCCACACACAGUACAAUUAAGGAAUGGUCUUUGCUAGCCCUUCUAAGGUAACUAGACCACAGCUAACCACCACCAACAGCCAUUCAUCAUCUGAUCUCUGCAGGAUCUACAGCAACUGAUGCAGACCACUCAAUAUAAGUGAUCAAUCCUAUUGCACUGUGGAAGCUAAAGUGUCACAACUACUCGUGUACAUUGGAUUUAGGGGAAUUUCAUUGUUAUAUCAAUUUGAAAACUAGGUUCGGCAGUGUUCUUUCAUAAUUACUUUGCAAAUUCAAAAACUGCAGCCAGUGGUCAUUUCAGAAAUCUUUCUAUGUUCAGAUACUGAGCCUUCAUAAGGGUUGACUACCUCAGAUUUGCUGCACUCAUUGUGGACUUCUUGUGGAUCACAACUUCUGGAUAAGAAGGUUACUGCUAUUACUAAGUGUCAGGUGUGAAACUUGAAACCAGCUCUACUGGAUUCCUAUCAGAAAUCCUACAGAAUGUCAGCCAUCUAGGUUCUGAUCUGCUGUAAAAGACGAAGAUUUAAGUGACCUUAAUUAACCUGUCCUGUGCCCCACACUUACUGCUCACUGUAGUGGGUUGUGGUUGUGUUAGACUUCCUGGAACAUGCCGCUCAAAAGUACUGAUGUGUUAAGAUAAUCUGUGUAGGGCUGUGAUUUCUAAUUUGAAUUUUGAGUUGUAUUCUGAGGUAACUACAAAUUCAACCAAACUUGGAUUUGCCAAGUGGGACGGGUGGGGGGAGGGUGGGGAAAAAUCUUUAGUUUUUUUUCUGGGGGGGGGGGGGGCGGGGUAGUGUUUUUCCUGUGUUCCACAUUAUGGCCUUUUCCGCUUUGACUUGGAAUAAGUUCUUUGACAGAGCAUAUUGCUUGGUUGAGUGAAUAACCGGAAAUAGGCAUUCAAAUUGUGAAAUGUCUGGUGACUUUGCCAAUCCCCAGAGUGGAACCAGAUAGCCUUUUGUCAGGGGCAGUGGAUGCAGGGGGCUCUACUUCAGGUGCUGCUAAGACCUGGAAUCAGGUCUAAAUUGUAGUAAGCUGCAGUGGACAGUGUACCAUGCUUGCUUAGGCCAAGGGAAUUACUGACAUGUCUAUAAAACAAAAACAAUGAGCAGAACCUCACCCUAACACUCAUUUUAAGUUUCUUAAAGCUCACACGAUCUUUGACAGGGAUUUCAGAUACUCUGUGCCCAGAAUUCUGUCGUGCUGAACAUACUGUAGAUGCAGUGUAGCUCUGUCACCAACUGGUCACUGUGUCUUUGUCUCACAUUUGAAGAGUUUGGGACGAAAGAAAGAUGGUGCAGCAUUUAUUUGUGUUUUUAAAAAUUAUAGAUAAAAUGUCCAGUAAUAUUUAAUACUUACAAGGAGUCAAGGGAGUUAAACCAGUCUUGCUGAAAAAUUAAGAUAGUCUGGAAAUUUACUAGUUUUCUGUCUUUGGCUAAAGUAUUUGCAAGUGGUACGUAACCACUUUGAUGCAAGUCUGGGUUUCCGCCUGUAAUAAAUCCCUUUGCCAGACGCAGGAGCUGCAGACUUGCUCUGGGCAAGAAUGAAGUAGAUGGGUGAGUAAAACUAUCCUGAUGGGGAGUCUCUUCCUGCAAGUUGAGCCUUGAUGAGAAGUGUCACUGCACUAGUGAAACUAUCCUUGGGGGGGGGGGGGCAGUAUCUUCUGGCAAGGACAUGCUGACCCUUUCUGGCAAUGAUACUGGCACCACCUGAUGGGCAGGAUACCUGCCUUCUGAUGCACUUGAGGCAGCCAAAGAGAAGUUGGGCAAUUAAGCAAGAAAUAAAGGGUUGAUUCUUGGCUAAACUGAAGAUCUCACUUGGGAACCAGAAAUCUUAACAAAUAACCUUUUGGACCUUGAGCCACACGUUGCCCCUGAAAAGUGCAUAUUUAGCAAAGUCUUGAGGAAUGAACUGGAAUGAAUAUGUGGAAGUGUUAUUUAAUGGCAUAGCGUACUAGAAAUCUGAAGGCCUGUAGCAGAUUUAAAAUUCCGACUUGUUAAAACUUUUUAAAGGAUUGUGAAAUUCUCAAAAUGCACAUGAAUCAAGUUUUAAUAUACUGUAUAAUGGGUGGAUGAGGCUGUCCAUUGUACCAUUUCUUUCUUUGAAUUCUCAGGCAUGGUUUGGCAGUGCAAGAACUCUGUAACAUUAACAAAUUCAAUAAAAUAAAUACACAAAAUUUA